AUGAGCUACGGCAAGAAGGACGAGGACGCCGACCUGGGCCUGGUCAAGGUGGACCGAACCCAAGUAUUUCAAGAAGCACGUAUAUUCAACGAAGGCACGAUUCAACCGCGACGAUGCCGAAUCCUCCUCACCAAGAUUGCCCUUCUCCUCUACACUGGGGAGAAGUUCCCAACCAAUGAAGCCACCACCCUUUUCUUCGGCAUCUCGAAGCUCUUCCAAAACAAGGAUGCCAGCCUCAGACAGAUGGUCCACCUCGUCAUCAAGGAGUUGGCCAACUCUGCUGAGGAUAUCAUUAUGGUUACCAGCACCAUUAUGAAGGAUACGGGCGGCGGCAGCGAUGCCAUCUUCAGACCCAAUGCCAUUCGAGCCCUGUGCCGUAUCAUCGACGCUACAACCGUCCAAUCGAUCGAGCGAGUCAUGAAGACCGCAAUUGUCGAUAAGAAUCCUUCAGUCUCUUCCGCCGCACUGGUAUCCUCAUAUCACCUCCUGCCCAUUGCCAAGGAAGUUGUUCGACGCUGGCAGAGCGAAACCCAGGAGGCCGCUGCUUCGACCAAGUCCUCCGGCGGUUUCUCACUCGGAUUCUCCUCAUCGAGCGGACAGAUGCCCAUGAACAACUCGACAAUGACGCAAUAUCACGCUAUCGGAUUGCUGUAUCAGAUGCGCAUGCACGACCGAAUGGCACUUGUCAAGAUGGUUCAACAAUUUGGUGCCGCUGGUGCCGUUAAAAAUCCUGCCGCCACGGUUAUGCUUGUCCGACUUGCUUCUCAGCUGGCUGAGGAAGAUGCCUCUCUCCGAAAGCCCAUGAUGCAGCUGCUGGAUGGCUGGUUGCGACACAAGAGCGAAAUGGUCAACUUUGAAGCCGCAAAGGCCAUUUGCGACAUGCGCGAUGUCACCGACAACGAAGUUGCUCAGGCGGUCCACGUUCUGCAACUCUUCCUGACUUCUCCCCGCGCCGUGACCAAGUUUGCCGCCCUCCGAAUCCUUCACAACUUUGCCUCCUUCAAGCCGUCUGCCGUCAGCGUCUGCAACCCCGAUAUCGAGCUCCUCAUUUCGAACACGAAUCGAUCAAUUGCCACAUUCGCCAUCACGACCCUUCUUAAGACUGGUAAUGAGGCUAGUGUCGACAGAUUGAUGAAGCAAAUCUCUGGUUUCAUGUCGGAGAUUACUGAUGAGUUCAAGAUUACGAUUGUUGAGGCUAUCCGAACUCUCUGCUUGAAGUUCCCCAGCAAGCAGGCUGGUAUGUUGACCUUCCUCAGUGGAAUUCUGCGUGACGAAGGUGGAUAUGAAUUCAAGCGCGCUGUUGUGGAAAGCAUGUUCGAUUUGAUCAAGUUCGUCCCCGACUCCAAGGAUGAGGCUCUUGCUCAUCUCUGUGAGUUCAUCGAAGACUGCGAAUUCACAAAGCUGGCUGUGCGUAUUCUGCAUCUUAUUGGUUUGGAGGGACCCAAGACAGCCCAACCAACCAAGUACAUCCGAUACAUCUACAAUCGCGUUGUGCUUGAAAACGCCAUCGUCAGAGCCGCGGCCGUCACUGCCUUGGCCAAGUUUGGUGUGGGACAGAAAGACCCCGAUGUCAAGGCUAGCGUCAAGGUUCUUCUUACUCGGUGCUUGGAUGAUGUCGAUGAUGAAGUACGUGACCGUGCUGCCUUGAAUCUGAAGCUUAUGGGCGAGGAAGACGAUGAGUUGGCACAAAACUUUGUCAAGAACGACAGCAUGUUUUCUCUCCCAGUCUUCGAACACCAGCUUGUCAUGUACGUCACCUCCGAUGACAAGGAGGCUUUUGCCGACCCCUUCGAUAUCAGCAAGAUUCCCGUCGUUACCCGGGAGCAAGCAGAUGCCGAAGACAGGACAAAGAAGCUUACCGCUACGGCACCCACGCUCAAGGCACCCAAGGUUGGCGCCGCCAAGGCUCCUGCCAGUGGUGCAGAAGCUGCGGCAUCUGCUUCCGCCCAGGCUCAACGAUAUGCCGAGGAGUUGAUGCAAAUUCCCGAGAUGAAGGAAUUUGGCAAUGUUCUCAAAUCUUCACCCGCCGUCGAGUUGACCGAGGCCGAAACCGAGUAUUUUGUCAGUGUAGUGAAGCACAUCUUCAAGGAGCACAUCGUCCUGCAAUACGAAGUGAAGAACACGCUGCCCGAUACGGUUCUGGAGAAUGUGUCUGUUGUAGCUACUCCCGGAGAGGAGGACGAGCUGGAGGAAGUAUUCAUCAUUCAAGCAGAGAAGCUGGCCACCGACGAGCCUGGUAAGGUGUAUGUUGCCUUCCAAAAGGUCAACGGAGAGGGUUCCAUGCCUGUCACCUCCAUCUCCAACGUCUUAAAAUUCACAAGCAAGGAGAUCGACCCUUCAACCGGCGAGCCCGAGGAUACUGGUUACGAUGAUGAGUACGAGGUUUCAGAGUUUGAUGUCAGCGGCAGCGAUUAUAUCGUUCCCACGUUCGCCAGCAACUUUAGCCAUCUGUGGGAACAGAUUGGUGCCUCGGGAGAGGAAGCAGAAGAGACUCUGCAGUUGAGCGGCAUGAAGAGUAUCGCCGACGCCACAGAACAGCUGGCCAAGGCUCUUUCAUUGCAGCCGUUGGAAGGUACAGAUGUUCCCGUCAACCAGAGCACACAUACUCUCAAGUUGUUGGGCAAGACUGUCCUCGGUGGCAGAGUAGUAGCAAGUGUGAGAAUGGCGUUCUCAUCAAAGUCAGGAGUUACGACCAAGAUUACAGUCAGAAGCGAGGAAGAAAAUGUGGCGGCACUUGUGAUUGCAUCGGUGGCCUAA